AUGUUAAAUAUGCUUGAUGUCAUUUCGACAUUCUCUAUUCAUUCUUCUCAAAGUAAAAGGUAUGAGGAAGAUUAUCUAAUUAAUAGAAACGGAUAAACAGGAAAUCUAUCCAAAGGAUCCACAGCAAGACAAUCAACAAGACCAACUUAGAAAUUUCACAAAAUACAAUUAGAUGAUUAAGCUUUUAAAACUACUCCAAAAAGUGAAUAAAGAGAAUAGAAGGGGAUUUAGACAAUAAGUGAAUAAAAUAAUUAAAGAGAGAAUGAAAAUGAAAACAAAUUUGAAAGCAACAUUUAUCCAUUGAUCAUUUUUUAAAAAAUCUCCUACCGUCAGCUUUUGAAAGAAAUUAAGUUCGAAAAAGAUAUAAAAUCUCUUCAUCCAUCCGACAAACGAAAUUUAGUAAUUUACAGAAUUAUUUGUGAACUUUUUUAAGAACUUUAAUUUGAAAUACAGAACAUAUUGAUUUGUCAACAUCCGAUUACAAAACUAUUUUACAUUUAUUUUUCUGAUACUAAUUACUGUCCAAUGUCCAAAUGUUGUAACAAAAAUGUAGUAAUACGAAUUGGAGAAGCAUUAGGGGGAGAGAUUAAAUGUUUAAAUCCUAGAUGUCCUUUAGGGGUCUUAACUACCUUUGAAAUAGAGGAGAAGAUUCUUUGGAAUUCUAAAGUUUAAUAAAAAAGAGCUGUCUCAACAUUUAUUUCAAGUGGAAAGUACAGAACCAGAAGUUUAUUAUAAUCAGUUCAAGUUCCUGAAACUUAUAAUGCCUAUGCUCCACCAUAAUAAAAAUAAAAUUAAAAUUCUUGGAAAAGUUCUUCAUCUUUUUAUUAAAAGGCUAGUUAAACAAAUUAAGAAUAAAUUUAUAAAUAUGAGUUAUCCAAAAAUUUAUUACUAAACUCUUAAAUAUUUAAUAAGAAUUUCGAUGAUUAAAUGGAUGAAAAAUAUAGAUAUAAAUGCAAAUUUUGA